CUGUAAAUAUGUAAAAUUAAAUAUGACCAUUGUAAGGUAAAGAAGUGUUGAAUUUCUUUUUUUUUGUCAUAGUUUCUUUUUACUUCCUGUUUUAAUGUUUUCAUAUAAAAAUUAUUAGUUUACAGUAAUUUUAUAUGUUAGGAUCAAGGAGGAAGAAGGGCUGAUUUAUAAAUGUGCAAAAUGAACGGACUUAUAACAUCGAUUCCCGCCUUGGUAGUAUGCAUUUGGAUUGUCCUAAGAUCAAGAGCUGUAUGCGAAAUGGACACGGGCACUAUUGAUCCUAACUGUGAAGCUGACUGUGCAUGUUGUAAAGAUCGUGACUGUGGACCACGCGGCUACUUUCCUGAAGGCAACUGUUACAUUGGCUGCAUUGAUGGAUAUAGAGGAGGUCGUUGCAACCGGAAAUGUGAUUAUCCUGAAUGCACUGAAUGCCCAGAUUCCUCAUAUAGAUGUACAAAAUGCAAAGCGGGAUAUUAUCCCGGCUCAAGUUACAACUGUUCUUCGAAAUGCCCUACCAGCUGUAAAACAUGUACAUCAAGCACCUACUGCACAGAAUGCAUUGAUGAAUAUUACAAUGCAAAUGGUUUCAAUGACUGUCGAUAUCGUUACUGUCCGUUACACUGUAAAUGUGAGCAUAACGCGUGUGUGUCAUGUGAAAGUGGUUACUAUGGUACAAGCUCAUCGUGCAUUAGUAAAUGUCCAUCUGCCUGUGACGACUGUUCAUCACAAGAUACGUGUAGUACAUGUAAAGGAGGUAAAUAUAAUGGUUAUGAGUUUGACAUUACAGAUCGUCUUCUGUUAAAUAACUGUACUCAUAGAUGCCGGGACAAUUGUAUCACUUGUUCAUCUUAUAAUAAUUGCUCACAAUGUGUGCCGGGUAAAUACGGAAUGAGCUGUCAGAAUGAAUGUGAAAACAGGAUAUGUCAGAUUGAGGACUCUAAGCAGACAGCCAUUGUAGUGAUGGGGGUUAUCAUAACCUUGCUUCUUCUUGUGGUCAUUAGUUUGAUUGCCGUAAUUGCCGUCUUGAAAAGGCGAUCUACAGACAAAAGCCCUAAAGAUGCAGGGGUAUCUUUCGAAAGUAAGACAUCGUCUUCGAUUGUUGGACACAGGAGGAAUGAAGAUUCUUACAGUGCAGACAUUUCAAAGACAAGUGAAUAUGAGAAAAUAGAAUCCAUUCAAGGUAUGUUCGUUUUAGGUCAAGAGCACGAAUAUGGACAUAUCUCAUCUGCUGUUUGAACGAACUUCAAGUAAGUCUUUUAAGAUUUCUGAAGUUAGAAAUUGCCUACGGAAAUGCCUGAAUGAAACAGAUACGCCUAAUGAAUGAUUAACCGAAUCUGGAUAUGUUAUAGAUUUACAAUGUUAUAGAUAUACAAUAAAGACAUAUGUGUGUAAACCAGUGUGUGUGCAUAUCAAAAAGCGUAUUUCGUUUUGCUUAUAAUGGUACUGUUAUGCAUUGCAGCAUCUUAAUGUUGAAGUUUUAAUGAAUGUUGGUAUAAAAAGUAGCAUUGGAAUAAUGAAGGCGUUUUCAUUACUAUUAUGAAGUUGAAAUCAUUAGGACGGAGAUGGAUUGUUUUAUUAUUACAUUUAUUUGUACAGAAUGCUCAUUUGUAAACAUCGUUUACAAACUUCAUAUAUAUUAACAUAACACUAACUUAUGUAAAGGCACUCUAACCAGACAACGAUUACAACUAGAUGUGUGUAAUGAAAGGUCACAGACGGUAUCGCUACAGCAAUGCCACAAAGUUGCUCAGUAACCUACAAGACUACUGUAAAGCCGUGUUGUGUGAUAUACCAAAUAUCAGAUCGAAACAUUUCAAUAUGUUAAUAACAAAGUAACUUGUAUCAACCAAAACAUAUUUCACCAGUUUUAAUGAACUUCAUUGGCUGCCCGCACAGUUUAUAAAUCUUACCUGACAUUAAGGUUCUAUAUGAUCAUUUCCCAUCCUUUUUAGGGCGAUGAAACACCGAUUAUAAUUCUAAUACCACAAGACAAUGUAUCAGAUUAGAGCGUGAUGUAUGUAGUGGCAGUUUUGCUUAAACUGAUCCCAGGUUAAGGAAUUAUCUUCCUGUUACGGUUAAGGAAGCUGAUUUGUUGGUUCAAAUUCAAAUUCUGCUAAAGGCGCAUUAAAUUUUACAACACUUGGCAAACCGACCGAUUAACCCUUCAUAUGAAAGUGUAAAUGUCAUUUACUCCUUUACUUUUAUAUCUGUUCGUCUUGUUUGUGCUAAUAUAUGUGUUUAUUGUAUACACAUUUGCAAUUUGUAACCAUUUACCUAUUUCAGUUUAAAGCAGUUAGUAUGUAAUACUCUUGAAAUGAUACUUUA